AUGCAGGCUCAAGCAGGAGAUGAACCUUCUCAUUCGAAGCCGAUUGAUUUUAGUCAGUCAGGAAUAGUGCAUCUUCCACCUGUGUCCUCUCACAGUGCAUCUGAAAGUGGUGGAUCCUCACUGUCAGGCGGCUCUCUGGUAUCGAGUAGAAAGGCGAGGGACAAUAUCCAGAGCCCUUUCUCCGGCUCCGGCUCCGACCCUUGGGGAAGGUCCGACAGAGGGAAAGAUUCUGCAGGUGAAGGUACUCAAUCAGGAGGUCUUUCUGGUACAGAUUCUGCGGGCGAUGCUGUUGGCGCGACGCCGUCCUCGAUGAAUAUGAGUUCUUCAAGCGAGUUAGUGACAUUUAGGUUUGAACACGUGGUAGACGAGGACGGCUUCCAUGUUAUAACAGGACGAGAAGGUGUCCUGACAAAAUGCGAGGAUGAGCCGAUCCACGCACCAGGGGCUGUCCAAGGCUUUGGCGUUUUGAUUGCUGUCCAAGAAGAUGACAAUACUGGUAAUUUGAUAGUACGACAGGUGUCAGAGAAUGCGACGGAGAUACUUGGUCUUUCUCCCCGAUACCUUUUCAAUCUUGAAUGUUUUACCCAAACUCUGCCGGAUUCUCAAGCGGAUCUACUUUGGGAUAAUGUGCAGUUCCUCAAUGAUUCUGAAUUCUCUGAAGGCGAACAAGGAACAAACGAUAAUCCCCAAGUGUUCUUGCUAAGUGGCUGGGGUGAGCCUGGUAGUGCUCCCUCGGAUGAAGACGAAGAGAUAGAAAGGGAAGGUGAUAGACGAUUUUGGACUUGCUGGUGUGCCGCGCAUCGUCCUCCGUUGCGUGUACAGGCGAAUGCAAACAUGGAUGGUAAGGCCCCAGGGCCAUUUGAGCGAUCAAUCAUCAUUCUCGAAUUCGAAUUGGAGCGAGAUUUAUACAACCCACUAUACCCGCCAUUCCAGAGCGAUGUUAUCCCGUCGGAUUCGGGCUCCACUACCGAGAUGUACGCUUCUCCAGGACCGACUGUCAAGAAUACGGCGCCGCUUUCCAGUAGCACAGAACCGAGCACAUCUGACGUGCACACCACAAUGCUCAAUCCCGCCGAGCUGUUUCUAGCAGCAGAACAAGGGGGUCUCGAGGGUGAGGAGCAAUGGUUCCCGAGGCCUGAGGACGUUUUUGAGAGUACGACAAGCCAUGCGAAGCCUCUGAAAGCCCUUGAACGUAUGAGGCGGAUAAAUCGUACGUUCAGUAACCCAGGCACUGAAAGAUCUGGUUUAGGAGCCUUUGAAACGGCUCAGACGCGGAAGCAGCGAGCAAGGGCGAGGCGAGGUGCACAGACUGGCGUUGGUACUAUGGAUAUCUUCGCCGUUUUAGCGCAAGUGAAUGAUCAACUGAGUUCAGCACCGGAUCUUGAGUCAUUCCUCAAGGUCGUCGUUGGUGUGAUUAAAGAUUUGACUCAGUUCCAUCGCGUGUUGGUCUACCAGUUUGACGAGCAGUAUAAUGGUCAAGUGGUUGCAGAACUCGUUGAUUGGAGGCAGACACAUGAACUUUAUAAAGGACUGCACUUCCCGGCUUCGGAUGUUCCAGCUCAGGCAUGUCAGCUGUACAAAAUUAAUAAGGUGCGAUUAUUAUACAACCGGUCUCAGGCUACCGCCCGUCUCGUUGUUCGGGGUCAAGAGGACCUGGAGACGCCUUUGGACAUGACACAUUCAUUCCUUCGGGCUAUGAGCCCAAUUCACAUCAAAUAUAUUGCUAACAUGGGAGUUCGAUCCUCUAUGUCAAUCUCGAUUGUAACUUUCGGUGCUUUAUGGGGGCUCAUCUCAUGUCACUCAUAUGGUGUGCAAGGAAUGCGAGUUUCCUUCCCCGUUCGCCAAAUGUUGAGACUUCUUAGCGAUUCGAUAUCUCGCAACAUUGAACGAUUGAGCUAUGCGCAACGCCUUCUCACCCGUAAACUGAUUAGUACCUUGCCUACCGAUUCGCACCCGACCGGGUAUAUAGUCUCAAAUGCCGAGGAUCUUCUUAGUCUGUUUGAUGCCGAUUUCGGUGUGCUCGUUAUCGGUGACGGCGCGAAGAUCCUGGGUCCGAAUCAACAUGGUCAGGAGAUCCUGCUUGUCGCCGAAUACCUGCGAUUAAAGCAGUUUACGCUGCUACAAGUCUCGCAAUCAGUUGUAAAAGAUUUCCCUGAUCUGCAGCUACCCAGUGGGCUGGAAGUUAUUGCGGGCCUACUUUACGUGCCUUUAUCUCGAGGAGGCAAAGAUUUCAUCGCUUUCCUCCGCAAAGGUCAGCUGCGGGACGUGCACUGGGCAGGGAAGCCAUAUAAAGACUACAAUGUGGAAUCAGUCAUGGAACCGCGGAAGUCUUUCAAAACAUGGUCUGAAACUGUUGCAGGUAGAUGCCGAGCAUGGACAGAAGAGCAAAUGGAAACUGCCGGCGUCCUCGCACUUGUAUAUGGGAAGUUCAUAGAAGUGUGGAGACAAAAAGAAUCCGCUCUACAGACGACGCAGCUAACGAACAUACUGUUGUCCAAUGCUAGUCACGAAGUGCGGACGCCUUUGAACCAUAUCAUAAAUUACCUUGAGAUGGCUCUCAACGGACCACUGGAUACAGAGACUCGCGAAAACCUUAGCAGGUCGCAUUCUGCGUCCAAGAGCCUGCUAUUCACCAUCAACGAUUUGCUCGACUUGACGAGGCUUGAGAGCGGGAACGAGACCUAUUUCAAUGAGCCAUUCAAUCUUCAUGAAACAAUUGCAGAUGCCGUUCAACUAUACAGAAACGAGGCUACUCGGCGCAACGUCCAAUUUGACUUGGAUAUAUCAAGUUGUCCUAAGGUCGUCGUUGGUGAUGCAAAGAAGAUUCGCACAGUCGUGGCCAAUCUGACCGCGAAUGCUGUCAAAUUUACGACGGAGGGGAAAGUUACAGUAUCCUGCCAUAAAUUCGAAGAACCUCGUGGCUUACGGAAUUCAAAAGAGGUCGCGGUAGAAAUUGUUGUUGGUGACACAGGUUGUGGCAUUGAGAGUGCGAGACUGGAGAACAUUUUCCAAGUGUUCGAGCAAGUUGAAACAUCCAUUUCACGGUCGUCCGAUAUGCAUAGUCUCGGACUAGGUCUUGCCGUGGUUGCAAGAAUUGUCGAGCAGCUUGGCGGUCAACUUCGCGUGGACUCGAAACCGAAUGAAGGCUCACGAUUUUCCUUCUUGAUUCCCUUCGAAUUGCCUCCAGCGGACAAUCAGGGUGCCAUGUCUCCAGCUCAUUCCAGUUCAUCUAUCCAAUCGUUACGUAGCCGGAAGAGUAGUGACUCGAGUGAAAUUGACGGUAUCGUGGAGGCUCUCCAAUCCGACCACAUGAAGAGGCCACGGGCCGUCAGACAGACGAGGGAAAGAAAGCGGCAAUACAAUCCCCGUUUGCCGGCGAAAGAGGGCACGUUCAACGUUGCGGACUCGCGCUUCCCAAUUAAGAGUUUGAAGGUCGACGAAUUCGAUGUCGACAAAUCAGUUGAAACAUCUCAGAUCAAGACGAUGGCGCCGACUCCUGUGCCGCUUCGUCUUUCGCCUCCAUCUGGUACUCGUAGCCCCGCACAGGUAUCUCCUUCUCAGGCAGUUCCGAAUGAUAAGUUAAGGGUUCUCGUCGUGGAGGACGACCAUAUCAACCGGACGAUACUGACCAAGCGUCUUACCCUUGACGGUCAUACUGUUGUCGGCACACGCGAUGGAUUGGAGGGUGUAGAAGCCGUCAAGUCCGAUGGCGAAUUCGACUGCAUCCUAAUGGAUAUUCAAAUGCCUAUUCUAAAUGGAUUUGAAGCUGCCAAGGCCAUUCGGGAGCUUCCACUUGCCUCGGCAUCGUCCCCAGUGUCCCCUGGAAAGAUUCAGGCUCGCAAGUCAAAAGAUCUCAACGGAGGUCGUAUCCCGAUAUUCGCUGUUUCUGCGUCUUUGCCUGAAAGUCAGCGUGAGGAGAUGCUCGGUUACGGGAUAGACGGCUGGAUCCUCAAGCCGAUUGAAUUCAAACGCCUACGAAAAAUCCUGAGCGGUAUUCUACACCCUGAUCAGAGAGAAACUACAAUUUAUAAGCCGGGAGUGAAUUGGGAAGAUGGCGGGUGGUUCGAACGGGCGAGAUCUGGUCAGUGA